CAUCAUCUUCCAUACACUGUAGGACUGGCUUCAGCCGUGCUCCGUGACUCACCUCGGUGAUGUCACAACCCAAGACAAACAAAGAAUGUUAAUUCCAGUCACCUCCGCCAAUUACAACACCCAAGGAGGUUCUGCUUUCAUUGUUGGUUCGUCUGUCUGUGUUUAAAAUGACUUGAAAAGUUUGGGACAGAUUGAGAUGAGAUGCGUGAAUUGGGUCAAGGAACAAUUGUUGGUCAGGUGUGGCGGUGAUCCGGAUCCAAGUUGCACUUUCUUAUAGCCUGAUCUGAUGGAAGGUGGUGGGGACGUGCUGGGGGGCUGUGCCCGGGCCCGCGCGCCGCGUCGGCCCGCCUCUGUGAGAAACAGCGGGGAAACGUCGACCUCUUCAUCAGCAGCCUCAUCAUCCUCAGCUGCUGCGUGAAGACGCGGCGACAGACAUCUGGACGGACGAGCGAGCGUCAUGUGCGCCUGGCCUGCGCUUGUCUAAUGGCGGACCUUCAGCGGGAUGAAGAGUCUCUUUGAGCCGCUUGGUCUCCUGCCAGAAGAGUAACGAUGGUUUAUGCCUCAGCAAACAGACUUGGUGUGGUCUCGUCCCUCUACGCUCCGUCUUACUCACACCAUUUGACGUUUAACUUCUCGGAGGUGGACAACUCGACGGCCCCAGGCCCGGCAAACAUACCCACCACAACCUUCAGCACACACCAGGAGUUCACAGCGCAGCCCAACCAGACCUCCAUAUCUUAUGAGCUAACCCCCGGCGAGGUUGUCAUCUUAGGCUUGGUGUUCGGGGUUCUAUGGCUAGUCUCCAUUGUUGGAAAUGCCCUGGUGUGUCUGGUCAUCCACAGAAGUCGGAGGACGCAGUCCACGACCAACUAUUUUGUGGUGGCUAUCGCCUGUGCCGAUCUCCUCUUGAGCCUCGGCUGCGCUCCCUUCAUCCUCCUGCAAGUGACGUCGGGCAGAUGGCCACUGAGCGCUGCAGCCUGCAAGAUGGUCCGCUACUUGCAGCACAUCUGUCCUGGGGUGCAGGUCUACGUCCUUCUUUCGAUCUCUGUGGACCGUUUCUACACCAUCGUCUACCCUCUCAGCUUCAAGGUGUCGAGGGAGAAGGCCAAGAAGAUGAUUUUGGCCUCCUGGCUGUUCGACGCUGGCUUUGUCACCCCCUGCUUCUUCUUCUAUGGCUCCACAUCUGUAGAAGGCCAUUGUGAGUUUUUCCUGCAGGGCAGCUGGGGCAGUGUCACCUAUGCUGCCCUCCACCUUCUGGUUGGGUUUUUGGUCCCUGCAGGAUUGAUCGUAACUUUCUAUCAACGAGUAAUCCGUUACAUCUGGAGGAUCGGGGCUGACGGCCACUCUGUGCGCCGGACGAUGAACAUUGUCCCUCGGACUAAAGUCAAAACCAUUAAGAUGUUCCUCAUGCUGAAUUCAGUUUUCUUCCUCACCAUAACCCCGUUCUUCAUCGCCCAGCUGUGGCAUCCCAGCGAGUCAGGCGGUCCUGACCGACAGGGGCUUCUUUUCUUCACUGCAGUCACCUGGAUCUCCUUCACCUCCACUGCAUCCAAGCCCACUCUGUACUCAGUGUACAACGCAAACUUCAGGCGGGGCAUGAGGGAAACCUUCUGUAUGUCGUCGAUGAAAUGCUACCGCAGUAACGCUUACACCAUCACAGCCAGCUCUCGCAUGGCCAAGAAGAACUACAUUGGAGUGGUGGACAUCCCCGUGCAGUCGAAAAUUGUCACCAAGGACUCUGUUCAAGACCGAGAGAUGAAGGCACCGAAAGUGGCCUGGCCCACAAACACAAACCCUCCAAACACCUUUGUCUAGUUUCACCACGGAUGGUGUGUGACUGUACAAAGCCAGGCGCGGGACUGGACUCGCUUUUGACUUUGUAAUUGAGAUCUGUCCCUGUGGUGUCUGUCUUGUGUGUUUGUUGGCUUCAGACAGAAAGCUGUCCAACCAAAAUUUGAAUUGUAAGGUGCAAGUCGUCCAGCAUGAAAGGGCACAGUCUUCUGUUCGAGACUGGCCUGCAUAAAUUAAAAAACACUAGCUAGAUUUGUCUAAACGGUUCUACUUCAGCUUUGUCAUGGUUGAUGGCUGUCAGUUUUUGUUUACUUAUUGUCAAAAAUGAAGGCAGUGCUCCAAGUGAGCAUCAAAAUGUAAGUCUUCAAGGGGCGCGGGGGGAUUCUGUUGAUCGGAAAUGCUGAUAUUAUUAAUGUUAGAGUUUAUAUUAAUAUUUAUUUGAAUUUAUGUUUGAUGUUUUUUUUAUUUAUUUAUUGUUUUAUACUGCACUAUGAAUAAACAAAUACUCUACAUGUUAAGUAGUUAUGAGGCUAACAGAUGAGUAGUGAAGAAGGCCAACACAAACAUAUACUCAGAUCAUGAACGAUGGAUGUAGCAGUAAAAAAAAUAAUCUGCACAGGCUGUAGUACAUGUUAAAAGUGAGUACAUUCCCGGCCUUCAAAACACAGCACAAAGUCAAUCAUCCACUGGGACAGUUAGCAUAAGCCAGCAUACUAGCUCUGAUCCAGAAAGUGUUGAAUUGUAUGAAGGGCUUAUCAUGUGUAUUCAACGUUUUAGGAGCCAUACGAAGGAUUUGUAAGUUGUUUUUUGCCAAAUUGUGCAAUUUUCACCUGUGUACUGGCUAGCUUCCUGUAAUUUCUGUUGAAUUUGAUUUGUUCCUGUGGCUGUACUACUGUAUCUACUGAGACAAAUGUCCAUAGGAUUAAUAGAUUACUGUCUUACUCAUAUGUUUAUUUGAAUCAUGUCUAUACUUGUUCACAGCCAUGUCUGUUUGUCAGUCACAUUUGCUUUUCUACAGAUACCUUCACAGGGCCAGGGUCAGGGGUGGCUCCACCUUGCUCGACCCAUCGGAUACUCUUCGAAAUUGAAUUGGCAAAAGCCAGCUUCAGUGCCCCCUUUAAAGAAGGUUCUACUUAGGACAGAACUCUCAUUGUUAAGGGUGUUGUGAGCCUGAUGAAGUUCAUUCCGGGGUGGGCGAACCGGUCCUCAGAGAGCCGAGGUGGCACAGGUUUUUGAGGACCAGUUUGCCCACCACUGAUUUAGGCCGUGUACGUCAUUGAAGUUGGUUUUGAAAUUAAAAAGCUUUGUCUUCUGGCUCAGCUCUAUUCCACCACUGGACACACCAGGUGUGCAGUCUAGCGGUGUGAAGCAGGACACAAUUCUAUCAUUCAUACAGUACAGGCUCAUGUAGUACUAUCCCACACAAAGACUUUUUUUACUGACAAUCACUUUGCUGACAUGAACAUGCGCCCUCAGUUCUGAUCAUAGCUCAAGAUAUUGUGAAUGUUGCAAAUUCUGGAUAAUGUUUUAUCGUCUUGCUGUUUGUAAAGAACACAUAUUUGAACAUGUAAUGUAUGUUUUAAAAACUGUGACCUCACUGUAUUUAAAUAUGUGACCAAAACAUGUGCGGCUCCAUGUUUGUCCAGACCGUGUGCAGUGUAAAAUAAAACAUUCUUUUAAGUUAGUAAA